GUGAGCGGCCGCCACCCCCCCGCGGUCCGGGUGGGAGUGGUACGGUCCACAGUCCGCGUCGGGCGGUUGCUGAGGCUCCCCAGUCGAGAAGAAACCGUCAGAGAGCCCACUAGCGCCGACGACAUGUCCCCCUCCCGGCUCUGGAAGACCCCUCAGCGGCAGGGCAGGCUCGCCGUCCUCCACCUGCUCCUCUACUGCAUCUCGGCGCGGGCCCGGGCCAGCCAGGUGCUGGUGCCCCAGAAGGUGAACGCGGUGCUGGGGAAGAACGUGACGCUGGAGUGCCAGGUGGAGGUGGGCACCAACCUCAGCCUGACCCAGAGCUCCUGGGAGCGCCGCCUGCCCACGGGCGCCGUCACCGUGGCCGUCUACAACCCCCUGUUCGGCAUCUCGGUGCCCCCGGAGUACGCGGGCCGGCUGACGUUCCGCUCGCCGUCGUCCCACGACGCCACCAUCCUGCUGAGCGACGUGGGCUUCUCCGACAUGGGCGUGUACACCUGCAAGGUGGCCACCUUCCCCCUGGGCAACACGCAGGCCGCCACCACCGUCAACGUGCUGGUGGAGCCUAAGGUCUCCCUCUCGGCGGGCCCGGGACCCCUGGUGGACGGGGGGAACGAGACGGUGGUGGCCACCUGCAUGGCCGAGCGGGCGCGGCCCCCCGCCGAGGUGUCCUGGGAGUCGGCGCUGUUCGGCCAAUCGGACGUGCAGCUGUGGGACGAGCCCAACGGGACCACCAGCACCCGGGUCCGUUACCUGUGGCAGCCCACCCGCCACACGCAGAGCCACGGCCUCACCUGCGUGGUCCGGCACCCCGCACUGCCCGCGGACCACCGCAUCCCCUACCAGCUCAACGUGCUCUACGCCCCGGACAUCUCGGUGGUGGGUUACGACGGGGACUGGUACGUCGGCCGCGAGAACGUCCAGCUGACCUGCCGCGCCAACGCCAACCCCCCCGCUCACCACUUCAGAUGGAUCAGGCUGGACAGCGACGUGUGGCCGGACGGGGUGGAGCGCCUCAACAACACGCUGCUCUUCCUGCGGCCCCUGCAGCGCAACGACUCGGGCGUGUACCGCUGCGAGGUGGCCAACAGCAUCGACCUGCGCAGCCGCGACCUACGCAUCCUCAUACAGGUUCCUCCCUCCCUCUCCUCCACCGCCCCCUCCCCCGCCCGGGGCUCGUCCUCCAGCUCUCUGGACACCCGGCAGCGCGUCCUCUUCACCUCCCCCACCCUGGAGGCCCUCCCGGCGGGCCGCCUGGGCGCCGCGGUGGGCGGGGCCGUGGGCGGGGCUCUGUUCCUGCUGCUGGUGCUCUCGGUGGGCGGCGUGUGCUACCUGCGCCGCCGCCACGGCAACGGCCCCGGGGGCAGCGCCUACGGCAAGCCCUACCCGGGGGGCUCCGCCGCCGCCUCGGCCCUCCACGAGCUGCGGCCCGCCACGAAGUCCCCCCGGGGGGGCCGCGACCGCGACCGCGAGGAGUGGGGGGGCGAGCGGGAGCAGCAGAGCCGCCGUCACCGCGGCGACCAGAACGGCGACGGCCGCUACGCCAAGGGCUACACCCGCGCCAUGAGGGAGAGCGCCGCCCAGGGCCCCGAGGGGCCCCGCCCCCCAGGCGGGCGGCAGCCCUCGCCACGGCGACCGCUCCGCCCGCUGCCCCCCUCCCCCGCCCGCCAAGCCGCUGGGCAACGGCUCCCCCUACUGGACGGCGGACGGCUACGACGACAGCGGGCCGGAGGACGAACGGACAGAGGGACAGACGGACAGAGGGUCCCUGAGAGGCAGCAGAGCAGCCUGGCUCAGACGGCCUGGCUCAGGCGAUGCUCCUGUGAUGGUCCGGACGCCCUCCGCGUCCCCACGGAGAACACGCACCCCAGGGUGCGGGGCGAUGAUGCGUUCAUCAGACUCCUCCAAUAG